AUGGCCGCCCAUGGAGUCCCACUGUUUCCUGACGACGUCAAGUCUCGAAUGAUUAGCCAGAUACUGCUCGAUCCGCAAAUUCCCAGAAGAAACCCGACCACUCCUGCUUGGCAAGUACCUCCUCACCCACUGGCAGCGGUACAAUCUGAGAAACUCGGCCAAUUCACAGAUUUUGCAAUCAUUGGCUCUGGCGUCACAGGCUGCAGUGUUGCAAAAACUCUCCUCGAGAGCCCCGAGUCCGGAAACCGGAAUGUGACCAUAUUCGAGGCUCGUACCCUGAGCAGUGGUGCGACUAGCCGCAAUGCUGGAUUUCUCAUGUCUCAUAUACCAAAGUACUUUGCAGAGUUUGUCGAGGGCUCUGGAAAAGAGGAAGCCAUUACACUUGCUCGUUUCUGCGACAGAACCGUGCAGAAGAUGGUCGACCUGAUCACAGCUCAAGGUCCAGGUGCCGAAAGCACGGUUCAGAUGCGGAAUGUCGAGUGUAUUCUUGCGUACAAUGAAACCAGCCUGAUGGAAAACGAAAUUGCUUCUUUUAAGGUAUAUCAGGAAUCCUUUCCGGAGGAGAGAGACCUUUAUUCGAUCUUAGAUCGAGAGUCGAUAGAAAAGGUUCAUCAUCUCAAACAGUGUGCUGGUGCCAUUUCAAUGCCAGGAAUCGUAUUUUGGCCGUAUCGUUUGAUUACCGGGGUUUUUGAGUCACUUCUCAAAUCCUACCACAAACGUUGCAAGAUCGAGACCAACACACCAGUGACCUCAAUCACUUACUGCCCUCAGACCGACACCCAAUACCCCUAUCUACUGAAGACAAACCGCGGCGAUGUUCGAGCGAGUCACGUUUUCCAUUGUUCAAAUGCUUUCGCCGGACACCUGCUGCCACGUCUUCGAGGGAAGAUAUUCCCAACUCGGCACACAAACUCGUGUCAAAAAAGCGGCCCUCAGUUCCCGAAUGUCGGGUCCCAGCGGUGUUGGCUCUUUCCUAGAAGGCCAGGAUACGACGCUGCCUCCGGGUUGUAUGAGGGCCCGUUGUAUUACAUGCAGCAGAACGCCAAGACCGGAGACCUCUUUUUCGGGGGAGAAAGGCAGCCAUUCGAAGAGUUCGUCAGCGCAGACGAUGGUGAGGUGAGCUCCAUUUCGAAAACCAAUAUCUCCACGUUGCUGCCGAAGCUCUUCACGCAAGGCUGGAACGAUGCUUCGAAUGUGGCCACGAUAUCUCCUGAAGUGCAAUGCGUGUGGUCAGGCAUCAUUGGGAGCACUCCAGAUCACAGCCCGUUGGUGGGUAGAGUGCCCUUGAGCGUCGCUGAGAGAGGAGGUGAGGGCGGCGGCGAAUGGAUUGCAGCAGGCUUCAAUGGGUAUGGUAUGGUCCAAUGUUGGUCGAGCGGAGAGGCUAUUGCCCAGAUGGCCUUGGGUCAGCCGCAGCCUGAUUGGCUUCCUGCCGCGGUCGUGAUCAGUGAGGAGCGGUUGUCCGACGAGAUACGCAUGGGGACAGAGACAGCAGUCCAUUCUCUGCUACUGUAG